AUGGUUUAUUACAAAUUAUUGUUUUCCUGUGAGACCAAAAAUGUUGAAGCAAUCUCAACUGGAGGAGCAAACUAUGAGUAAGAUAGUAGUUAUUUAUCAAAGGUGGCACAUCUCAUUGGUUUGUUCUAGUUGCCAUACAGAUAUUAAUGAAAUCUAUUUUAGAGGAGAUGAUCAAGUGGAUGUUGCCAAUUCAAGAGGGUAAUGCAAUUUUUAAAUGAAAUGCAAAACAUGUGCUAAAAUGAUCAAUAUAACUUUAGAGAAAUUCCCAGAUACAGUCAAUGUGCAAGAAAUAAGUAUAUUCACUUUUUAUUAAUUUUAGGCAAAGAUAUUUAGAUUGCAUUAUUCGAUUGCAGAGGUGCUGACCCAAAAUCUUGGAAUUUCUAAGGCUUAACAGUAAUUACACCAAAUGGAACAGUAUUUAAUGAUGCUGAUUUGACUGAUACAUGGGUAGAGUAUGAUGAGAAGGCUGCAGAGGAGGUGUUGAUCGAUAAAUUCAAGGCUUAUUUCUAGAAAUCAAAGUGAAUUCAUAAGUAUUAUUAAAAU